GUCAAUUUGAGCCUGAAAGUCAAAAUUCGUAAAUGUAAAAACCUAACAGCCGGAUGCAGAAAAUGUUGAAGUGCAGUUUUGUUAUUUCAUCGCUAUACACUAGUCUUGUUAUGUCAGAGUUCUGUACCGAUCCUCUUGGUAUUGAAGAUGGGACUAUUCCCGAUGAACAACUGUCCGCAUCCAGUGAAUGGCAUUUACGGUCCGGGGCACAUCGUGGACGACUGAACAAUAUAGCAAAUGAGUAUGGAUAUGGAGCGUGGUCGUCAUUAACAUCUGACCAAUACCAGUGGAUCCAAGUUAACCUCGGUAAACUGCAAGAGGUAUGCGGAGUAAUUACACAAGGCCGCAUUGGACACUACCAAUGGGUGACGUCUUAUGAGAUUCUUUACAGUGUCGAUGGUAACCUGUUCCAACCAAUUAGGAAUUCAGAUUGUCAAGUAACUAAUUUUGUUGGAAAUUCGGACAUGGACACUGCCGUGACAAACAUAUUCUGUGAACCUGUCUUCGCGCAGUUCGUCCGCAUUCACCCAACUAACUGGUAUCGCCAUAUAAGUUUACGAUUUGAGGUUCUUGGAAGCUCAGCAGGCCCAGUUAGACACUCAGCUUAUUACAAGUCUUUUCGUUACAAUCCACAAUGUUCAGUAACGACCAAAAACUCGACAAGAAGCUGCAUUAGAUGUGCUGUGGCGUGUAUGAGGGCGCUAGAAUGCAAGUAUUUUAAAUACGAUGGAGAAUGCCACUUUUAUUCCCGCAGUAAUAAUGGAAAAUUUGAUGCCUUUCAGUUUGGUUAAAAUGAGCCGUUCCACUAUGUCCCCCUUGGAUAUUGUUGCUAAGGUUUGAAAGGUGUAAACGUAAACGUGUUCAUGGGGCAUGCGCAAAAUUUCUACCUUGUCCUGAUUGGUUAGUCGCUUAGUUUGGUCAUUCAAGAAAUGUUUAUAAAAAAUUUAUUAUGUGUGCUUUGUAUUUUGUCAUUCUUCAAAAUCAAUGAAGUCUUGACUAAUUGAAACUGUGUUUGUAGUAAUUUUAAUACAAAAUCGUUCAUUAUUUUUAUUGGAACCUUUAAAAGUGAUUCGUGUUUAUGAAUUGUAAUUUACCGGAUGUUGACUAGUUUUAAGCAAAAGUAUAGGACUUUCUUAACACUUUACGUAGAAUAUUUUCCAAGAUUUAUGUGUAAAUUAAAUGUUAGUUAUUUAGGGCAUAUUACAUCAAUGGCUCCUCUUUGACUAUGGAUUAAAUUUAGUGAGGCUACGAACUAUCAACAAGACUUUAGUUAUAAGUACCUUUUGUUCAUUAAAAAAAGAACUACUAAUAUUUAUUUAUCGUUGGAGUAUGUGAAUUUUAUUCAAUAACGUCCCUUCAUCCUAUGAAUACUGGAUAAACUCUAUACACAGUUUUCUAAGCAGAUUUUGUGCUAGCUAUAACUGUAUAAUCAAAACUAUUGUUCAUUCUACUCUUCCUUACUCACUACAUGGCGAUGGUGUAAACUAAUUACAGUAAUUUGUAAUUUUCUUGUUAAUUGUGAGGAAUAUAAGUAUACAUUUGCCCUGUAUGUAUUUAUAUUUUUUUUUUGUUAUAUGGAUAUUUAUAUAUGAAUUAAAGGGAUGAAUGAACAUUUUUAUUCUUAGCAAUAUGUUCAUUAUUCAAAAUUUUAACGGUGGUAUAUGAAUGUAUUGAAAAUGUGAUUUUGUUAUAAACGUAAAAAUGUGAUUAUUCUGCAGAAGAUAACAUGUCUAAGAUUGGAAUGACCUUUUAGCUAAGUUCUGACCCUUAGUUGCUAGGGUCCCACAAAACCACAACACAAACAUGUGCGUUUAUUGGACAACAUGUGUGUUUGUAAGGUAAAGAACAUUCAUUUAUAAUGACAAGGAAUUGUUUGAAACUUUAUACAAUUCUUUAGUUUGUCCUGUUUAGAAUUCAAUUGAUGUGUUUAGGCGUGUCGCCUUACAAUGUAGCGUUAUCUAAAUUAUUGGAUUGGUGUCAAGAAAGAGCAACAAAAACAUUGCUUGAAAUAAAACCCUCUGACAGUUUGAAGAUUUAAGGGGUUUAUAUACUACCAAAUGUUCAAUUUCGAAUAAGCCCCUUCUCAAAAAUGCAAACUAAACCAUUUUAAAUACUAUUUUCUUCAUUGAGAAUUGUUGUUAUAUAACUCGGAUCUGUGUGCUUUGGUGGCAUACUGUGUAGGUUAUUUCCAAUGAAGGGUAAU